AGAAUGCGCCCUGGCCCGAAGUAGCUAAAAAUAUUAGCUUCUCAGCGCCGUCAGUGUCACGAGGACAAGUGACAUUGGGAAGGGCUCAGCACAGCGCUGUGCCUACGGCAGACGCUCAAUAAAUCCGAUCGACUGAGGUGGGGUUUUCCCACUGCCCACAGGCUGACGGAGGGAGAAUAUAAUUCCGCCUCACUGGCAUUUUCUCUACAUCCGUGUACCUCUCGCUUCUGCUCAUAUCUUCCCCCGGCACUUAAUUUUUCUAGCAAGAGGAUCCACACGUGUCGAAACACGGGCUGCCGAGGAGACCCUCUGAGCCCGGCCAACGUUAAAACCUCCGGGUUUAUUCACCGGGCAACAAACCCACCGUCAACACGGUGAGGUUCGCUUUCCCGGUGUUCCCGGGAGGGAGAUCCAAGUCAUUUUUGAAACGGAGAGCUUGAGAGUGAAGCGAAAAUGUCAGCCGCGGUGGAAUUCAGAAACAUCCCCGUUGCCUGGUAACCAGCGUAAACAGCCCGGGAACUUGGGAAACCAGGAGCUGAGAAAUUCCGACCUGUCCCCUUCCUCCAAGACUGUCCUGCGGAGGGACGCUUUUCAAGGAAGAUGCAAAGCGCCCUGCUGUCUCCCCAAGAGAUGGAAAAUUACGGGCCGACAGCGGCCGAGUGAAGGCCUCGUUAUAGGAACUCGUCCCCCUGGAAAGACUGUCACUAGCGGUAGGAGCGGCCAUGAAGCCCUCGGCCUUCUUCCACGCGAACGACCCCUUCCCCCUCUACGCCGAGGGGAAACCCUCCGGGACCGGCAGCCGUCGGGGAAGCGACGGCCCCUCGGGCCUCCCUCCGGCCGAGCCCCUCCACCGUCGCCGCCGCGAACGGCUGGAGGCCCGGUACCUGGAGACGGCGGCCGCCGACCUCGGCUUCUCCGAGGACGUCGUCCGGCAGCGGGCCCCGGCCAGCCUCCUCUACGGCCGCUACGACUUCGCUCGCCUCUACGACCCCUCCGACGUCGUGGCGAGGCCCGGGGUCCAAGCGCCGAGGGCCCCGAGGCCCCCCGGGCUCCGGCCCCCGCCCCGGCCCUCCGAGCCCGAGGAGGCGUCCGCCUCUCCGCCGCGGCCGGCGGGACCCGAGGGCCCGAGGAAACCCCGGGGGAGGCGGAGGGCGGCCGGGGCGGACGACGCGCGGAGGGGGGCCGGCCCGUGGCUCCGGCCUUCGGAGAGGGAGGCGUGGGAGUGGGAAAACCUGGUCCUGGAGAAGCUGGACAAGCGGACGGCCCGGUGGAUAGCGAGCAAGGGCCCCGGCCCCCCCGGUGGGCCCGGGGGGCUCCCGGAGAGGUGGCAGGGCUUCCUCCACCGGCGGUACGACUGGAGCCGCAUCCGAGACGAGCUGACCUCGGCCAGCGACCUGGAACUCCUGGCGGAGCUGGAGAGGGAGGAGACCCCGGAGCUGGAAGGGCCCGGCGCCCGGGCGCCGGGCCGCCCGGAAGAGCGGGCGGAGCUCCUCCUCCCGGUCUACUACAGGAUGCCGGCCUACCUGCCGCAGGCGCCCACGGCCGAGACGCGGGUGAGCAAUAAGACGGCCGAGCAUCUCCUGACGGAACAGGGCCGGCGCCGGGCCCCUCCUUAUCAUCGACCGCCGAGGGCAAACCCCCGGGCGGGGAAAUAUGCCUUCGCUACCGACAACGCCUUCGAGCAGGAGAUUUACUUUGGAGCGGGCGGGGUCGUCCACCGGGCCGGUGGGAAGAGGGAACGCAUUGUGCUAGAAAACCUGAAUGAGUACCGCAAGCACUUGCCCAAGGUCUUUCCUGAGCCUCCGGACCCGUGGGGUUCCCAGUUGCCUCCGGAGGCAGCUCGCAGGCCCGAACGGGGAGCCUUCCGCUGGACCGCCCCGCCCAGCCCGGCCAAGGACCUGCUGCAGAUGGACCAGGAGAAGGCGGCCACCUCCCGGGGCCGCCGAGAAAGGCCGGCCGGCAAAUCGGCCGAAGAUCCGCCCUGGGAGCUGCGGGCUCUUCGGGCCAUGCUGAGGGACUGGAAGACCUCCUGGAUGCUCACAACCCGCUGGCAGGACGCGACGGUGGAGGGUCUGCUGAGACUCUUGGGGGACGUCCAGGACGGGGUGCGAAUCCACGCCAUCGCCACCUGUGCCUCCGCGGCCCUCGAACGGCCCCGACCUCUGGAAGACGCCAAGGAGGCCGACCCCGAGGAACGGGUCGCCACCCCGCCCGUCCGAGACAUCCCCGAGGACCUUCGGCCCGCGCUCCGGGCAGCCCUGUCGGACGGGAACGUCAACGUGAGCAUGGCGGCGGCCGUCUGCCAGUACGCCAUGCGGACGCAAAACCGGCAGGCCCGAGACAUCAUGGAGCGGGCCCUUCUGAAGGGGAACGACGCCGAUAGUUGGGCGGCCGCCCAGUGCCUGGCACUGGGCGGGACGGCCACCUUCCCUGUGCUGAAGAGGAUCCUCUCGCAGCUGUUCGACAGGAAGGAUGGGGAGACCGAGGCACAGGUCUUCCUCCUGCUAAGCCACCUGAACAAGCAGACGGGCCCGAUUCACGCUCUUCUGGCCGUCGAGCUGAACAGCUGCCAGUGGGAAGACAGGAUUUUAGCCUGCCGGGCUCUCUCCCGAGUCGGCGGGACCGUCGGCCGGGAUCUGAAGAACAAACUGAGCCAGCUGAUGUGGAAGGACUGGAACGAAGGAGUGCGGCGGGCUGCGGCCCAAGCUCUCGGCCAGAUGAGACUGGGGAAGGAAAUUCACGACCAGCUCAGGGUGAAACUGAGUCACGGAGACUCCCGCGAGCGAGCGAAAGCCCUGACUCUGAUCGGGUGGCUCCGGCUGAUGACGGCCAAGCUGCUUCCGGGCUUCCUUCGUUGCUUCUCCGACGACUUCGUGUCCGUGAGGAGAGGAGCCUGCCUGGCGGCCGGAGCCUUGCGGAUCGGAGAUCGCAUGGUGCUCGACAGCCUCCUGAAGCUGGUGCGGUCCGAUCCUUCCUGGAAGAUCAAGGCCUACGCCAUCAGAGCUCUGGGGCAGAUCGGCCGAGUGAGCCCCAAGCUGAGGGAUCUGUUACUGUGGACGGUCCGUUACGAGGAGGAGCCCGGGUUGAGGCUGGAGGCCUGCAGGACCAUCGUCGCGCUCCGGCUGCAGGGGGACGCCGUCCGGGACACCCUCGUGGACGUGCCGCUCCUGGAGACGCACGAAGCCGUCCUCGGGGAAGCGAACCGCGCCAUCGAGGUCCUUCAUUUGCAAGGCAAAGGGAACCGAGAGAUGAUCCGGAAGAUCAGGGACAAGAUCUCCGCCUUAAGCCGAAAGGACGUGCUCGUCCAGCAAGUGCUGAGAACCGAGAAAGCCCUGGACCGACUGAAGCGGGAAGCCACACGGCUCUACCGGCCGCCCCGGAAGGAGGGACGGGAGGAGGAAUUCCCCGGCCUGACCGAAGCCGUCCGGGCUCGUCAGACCGCCCGCUCCGAAUCCCCGGACCCGGAGCCCCCCGUUAGGAGAGGCCCAGAGCGGGCGUGGGGCACCGCGGCGCCGACGGGGACGGACGUUGCGGAAGAGGGGAGUCGCUCCGGAGCCGGUCGGCGGGGCCCCGUCUCCCGGAUCUAGUCUGGGCCCCGGGCACGGGACGCGUCCCCCGCCCCCCCCCGGCGGAAAGAAAGGGGCGGUUCCGGGUGCCCGGCGUGUUCCGCCGUCUCCUUUCGUUUGCGCCCGGCGGCGGAAGAAGGCGAGAAAAUAAAGGGGCCGGCUUUAGUCGGUCUGA